AUGAAAAAGAUUCUGUAUUGGCUGAUUUUGUGUUAUGUGCCUUACAUUGAGGCCUUAUUGUACCCCGCUUCCUCUAAUUUAGGUCUUACUGCCUCGGUGUCUGUACCAGUAACAGAACUACUUCCCGAACGUAAAUUAAUUAUCGACUGGUGUUUCAAUAUGGGCUAUGACUUACCGUAUACCGUGGCACAAUUUUACAACAUACCUAUUUGGCCUGGAUUUCAAAAUCCCAAAUCAAAACGUGAAAUUCAGGAAAAAAGUGUAACCAAAUUACAGAAGCUCUACGGAAAAUAUGAUAAAAAGACCGACGCCAAUCGCCAUCCAAAUGAUUUUUCUGCUGGCGAACUCUACCAAGGUAUUGAGGAUUAUUUAGUUAAUUAUGGCUUUCAUGAAACAUGUGUACUGAAGACGGUCUGUAAUUUAGCGCAACAUCCAUUUGAUGAUGAACACCAAAAUAUUGUCACCGACAUCGUAACAUUUUUCUUAACGCCGUCACUUCACCAAGGUUUUGAUACUUCAGAACAAAUAUAUCGGGAAGCUUAUGAAACUGCCGAAAUGAGUGGUUUCCUUGGGGAAGAUUGCAAUAAAAUUUAUGCCGAUUGUACUAUGGAUUUAUUGAACUCAUUUUCAAAAGUAUUAUUUCUAAAUGGCUAA